AUGGGAUCCCUGAAUACUGUUUCCGUUAGUAGCCCCGGAAAGACAAAGACUAAGACAUCGAAGCGUCGAGACUUGUUUGAGGCUCUCGAGACCGCGACUUCGCGAGUUCCGCAGCUUGUGAGAAAUAAUCUAGAUGCUCAGGGGGGUAAUGUCGGGUAUCAAAGCGGCCAAUGGGUUCCGCGACGAAGUCUACAGAAGGGUUCUAAAAGGAGAAAUAUGAGGUUGGCUACAGUAGUCAAGAUAAAUCAAGAGGAUGUUGGUGUUGGUGGUAAAGAAGAUGGUGGAAUUGCUAAGGCUAGUAAUGGUGGUGAAUCGGAGAAGAAACAUAACGAAGCAAAAACGCUGGUAACGGCAGUCGUCAGACAAGAGCAGAAACCUCUUCUUGCCAAAAAUAAGGUAAUACUCGGCGUUGGCAAUAGCAUCACGAAGUCCUUUCACACGGCAAGUGCUUGCGGGUCUGAGCCUGAGUUUGUUCAGGCUCAGUUCGAUCAAGAGGCUGAUCCCAAGGAUUCUUCAGGUGUACCCAAGGAUGCUACAUGGAACAGCGAAGAUCCCACUCUCAAGACUGUCACGCAUCCUGAUGAGGUUCCGGAGAUCACAACCUCUUCCUUCGAAGCAAUGACUUUGUUCAUGCCAACGUGCAAUAUCAAGGGGGUGGACCAAGCGAAAUGUGGUGCUGAUGGACGGAACUGGAGGUUGAGGACUUCAUCAAGAUGA